GGCCCACCUCCAACCCCACCGCUCCCUUUCCUUUUUUUCCCAUAGUUUUGGUCACAGCUCAGAGAGUACGGAGCAAUCAACUUCCUCCGCAAUCUUCAAUUUGGGCGGGAAAUUUCAAACCACCCCGCGAUUUAAUAUCUCCCCCCACUUGGAGGGAAACCCUCCAAAAAAACAACCCAAACCCUAAUUCCCAAACCUACCCUCCUCCUUUAUAUACCGGCCUCCAUUUCCUCCUCCUCCCUCAUCCUCACUUCUUUAGUGCACACAACCUGUUCGACGAAAUUCCCCAGAGAAAGAGAGAGAGAGAGAGAGCCAUGUAUGUGGUGAAGAGAGACGGGCGCCAGGAGGCGGUCCAUUUCGACAAGAUUACGGCCCGGUUGAAGAAGCUCAGCUAUGGGCUUAGCAUCGAGCAUUGCGACCCGGUUUUGGUGGCCCAGAAGGUCUGCGCCGGAGUCUACAAGGGCGUCACCACCAGCCAGCUUGAUGAAUUGGCUGCUGAGACCGCCGCCGCUAUGACCGCCAACCACCCUGACUAUGCCUGCUUGGCGGCAAGGAUUGUUGUUUCAAACCUACACAAGAACACUAAGAAGUCCUUUUCGGAGACGGUCAAAAUUAUGUACAACCAUGUCAAUGAUAGAUCUGGGCUGGAAGCUCCUCUAAUUGCUGAUGAUGUUUAUGAAAUCAUCAUGAAGAAUGCGGCGUGUUUGGACAGUGAGAUCAUUUACGACCGGGACUUUGACUACGACUACUUUGGUUUCAAGACUCUUGAGAGGUCUUACCUCUUAAAGGUUCAUGGGACGGUUGUAGAAAGGCCUCAACACAUGCUAAUGAGGGUUGCUGUUGGAAUACACAAGAAUGAUAUUGAUUCUGUUAUCAGAACAUACCAUCUCAUGUCUCAACGGUGGUUCACUCAUGCUUCUCCCACCCUUUUCAAUUCUGGAACGCCAAGGCCUCAAUUGAGUAGCUGCUUCCUUGUUUGCAUGAAAGAUGAUAGCAUUGAAGGCAUAUAUGAUACCUUGAAGGAAUGUGCUGUUAUCAGCAAAUCAGCUGGGGGAAUUGGUGUCUCUGUUCACAACAUUCGUGCCACUGGCAGUUAUAUUCGUGGAACAAAUGGGACAUCCAAUGGCAUCAUUCCGAUGCUACGAGUUUUUAAUGAUACUGCCCGUUAUGUUGAUCAGGGGGGAGGCAAAAGGAAAGGUGCUUUUGCUGUGUACUUGGAGCCCUGGCAUGCUGAUAUAUUUGACUUUCUGGAUCUAAGGAAAAAUCAUGGAAAGGAAGAGAAUAGAGCUCGUGAUCUUUUUUAUGCUCUUUGGGUGCCUGAUCUGUUCAUGAAAAGAGUUGAAAGCAAUGGAGAUUGGUCAUUAUUUUGUCCUAAUGAGUCUCCAGGUUUGGCAGAUUGCUGGGGUGAAAAAUUUGAGGAACUGUACACUCGUUAUGAAAGAGAGGGAAAGGCCAAAAAGGUUGUCCCGGCACAGCAACUGUGGUUUGAAGUUUUGAAAUCCCAGAUAGAAACAGGAACUCCCUACAUGCUUUUUAAGGAUACUUGCAAUAAGAAAAGCAAUCAGCAAAAUCUGGGAACCAUAAAAUGCUCAAACUUGUGUACUGAGAUAGUUGAGUACACUAGUCCAACGGAAACUGCUGUAUGCAACCUGGCAUCAAUUGCUCUACCAAGAUUUGUCAGGGAGAAGGCUGUUCCUUUUGAGUCACAUCCAUCUAAGCUUGCUGGAAGCAAAGGUUCCAAAAAUCGCUACUUUGACUUUGACAAACUAGCAGAGGUCACUGCAAUUGUCACUGUAAACCUCAACAAGAUAAUUGAUGUUAACUACUACCCCGUUGAGAGUGCAAAGACGUCUAAUUUACGACAUAGGCCAAUUGGGAUUGGGGUUCAGGGUCUUGCUGAUACCUUCAUCUUGCUUGGCAUGUCCUUUGAUUCGCCUGAGGCUCAACAACUGAAUAAGGACAUUUUUGAGACCAUUUACUACCAUGCUCUGAAAGCUUCUUCUGAGUUAGCAUCAAAAGAAGGCCCAUAUGAAACAUACCAGGGUUGUCCAGUUAGCAAGGGAAUUCUUCAGCCAGACAUGUGGGAUGUAAAACCCUCAGAUCGAUGGGAUUGGGGUGCUAUUCGGGAAAUGAUAUCACAGAAUGGAAUCAGAAAUUCACUGCUUGUUGCCCCCAUGCCUACUGCUUCAACUAGCCAAAUCCUUGGAAACAAUGAGUGCUUUGAGCCAUAUACUUCCAAUAUCUACAGUCGCAGGGUUCUGAGUGGUGAAUUUGUUGUGGUGAACAAACAUCUUCUUCAUGACUUGGUUGAGAUGGGUCUUUGGUCUCCGGCUAUUAAGAAUAAGAUAAUCUAUGAGGAUGGCUCUGUUCAGAAAAUCCCACAGAUCCCUGAUGAUCUGAAAGCCAUUUACAGAACUGUGUGGGAGAUCAAGCAAAGAACAUUGGUUGACAUGGCUGUUGAUAGGGGAUGUUACAUAGAUCAGAGUCAAAGUCUUAAUAUACAUAUGGACCAACCCAAUUUCGGGAAGCUUACUUCAUUGCAUUUCUAUGCUUGGAGACAGGGUCUUAAAACAGGAAUGUAUUAUCUACGAUCGCGUGCUGCAGCUGAUGCCAUCAAGUUUACUGUUGAUACUGAGAGUCUCAAGGAAACGCCAAAGGUGGCGGUGGAAAGUGAUGAGAAUACCCAAAUGGCACAGAUGGUAUGCUCUCUGACAAACCGUGAAGAAUGCAUGUCUUGUGGAAGUUAGAGAACUCUGCUGAAUGGAGCUUCAUCUGGAGAUGCACUGAUCAAAUAUAUUAAUAAUAUAUAUUUAUAUAUAUCCUAUGUAAUUGAACUGCAAGUGUUUGUAAAGUUUUAAUUAUUCAGUGGUUAAAUCUUAAUAUCAGUAUUUAUAGUUUGUAAAACUGGAGCUGGGAUCUAUUUGCUAAUAUAUAUAAAUGAGCCUAACUACUUUGGUAUACUGUA